UGCGCAGUAGAAGGGCUGUCCUGUCAAUCCAGACAGCAACAAUAACCUCUUCGAGGUUUAAUUAUCAUUUUAUUUUGGAGUAGUUAUCACGUCCGUUAUUCAAUUAGUUUCGGUGUGUAAAUGGUUUAGUGGGUUUGGAGAAUGGGAACUAGGGGUGACACUGUGAGGUGCUAGGUGUCAGCUGAUAAUUUCAGGGUGUACCUGGUGGACGGAUCGAUCAUGGCAUCAGCUGCUGAACAGCAGCAACAGACCACCCUGGAGUUCUACCAGGCGAUGGCUGAUUUCAAAAAUAUGUUUCCACAGAUGGACGAUGAUGUUAUCGAGGCUGUUCUUCGAUCGAAUCAAGGAGCCGUCGACACAACGAUUGAUCAGCUACUCGCAAUGAGCACCGACAACGAGAACGAAAAAAUCAGGAGUGAGCUAGAACAGUCCGAGGACACUCCAAAAGGUAAUCCUCCAAAAUCCCCGGAGAUAGUGAAAGCCGACGCCCGAGUCCAAGAGAGUAUUUGCAAGUGGCAGCCACCAUUGCUGGGUCCUCUACCCGACACCUUCCUCAGGAUCCCACAGCAGCUGGAGACAUCCGAUGGAGAUUCUGGAGGUGUCCAGGAUCAUUCCAUCCUCGAGGACCAGAGGAUAGCUAUGUUCCUUCAAAAUGAAGAGUUCAUGGCUGAGCUGCGAUGGAAUGAGGACUUCUUGAGCACUUUGGAGAGUGACACGAAAGUACCUCGUGGUGGUCGUUGCACAUCAGCUGAUGUCCAGGGCAGCCACGACGAGGAAGAUCUGUUCAAGGAAAGACUAAGAAACAUGGGAAAAGUUUCACGGCGUAAGUUCGCUCAGCUGACGAGAGUCUUCACUCGCAGUAAGAAACGAGGUGGAAGGCAGUUGUUGCCUCCAACCGCCUCUUGUGACGAUCUUCUCGACCCCGACGAGUCCUCCAAGCCACAAACUUGAUAGAAAUAUGCCAAAAAAAAAAACCAAUGACCCGGCAAAAUAGGCAAUGCUUUGCUGAAAAUAAGAAUUCUUAGUUGAUUGAUGGAGCUAGUUAUUUUCGAUGAAUCUCACUAGACUAAUAUUUUCCUAGACUAAGAACUGGUGCCCCGACUAAUGCUAACUCCAAAUUAGCAGUUAUCCUAUGGUACUUACAGAAUGGAAUUUUCAUUCAAUACCAAAGCAACGCGAUGUUAUGUGUAAUGUUUUUAGUAGAAAAAUAAGAAAACACCUGCUAGUCAUUUUUACGGUUUUCGUAAUUCUCAGUUUCUGUUAUCAGUCAUGUAUUAGUUAUUAUAUUUAUAUUGUUAUCGUCAUGUAUUUAUUAUUAAAAACUAAAGAAGACAUUGAAGCCCAUAUUGUUUAAAAAAUUGAAUUAUUUCUCUCCCUCCGAAUGAUUCAUAAUUAAUAGAUGAACUCGAUUCUUAAAUUUCAUUUAUUGCGAAUUCAGUGCCUCCAUUGCGUUUGAAGUCAUUCAUUCAGGGUCAAUGAAAUGAUUUCAAAUCAAUUUCAUUAACAAAGUCUCAUUGAAAAUC